UUCUGUGCUUGUCUUGAGCGAUAUCCGAGGGAAGCUGUCCCCGACUCUCAACUUGAAGAGUCGUGUACUAAGAAGUGCAUAGCUUUAGUGACCGGCCGUCCGCCCGUACGGGAGAAUAAGAAGUGGCGCCCAAACCACCGACCAGAUGAGUAACAUCUACAUUCAGGAGCCUCCCACCAAUGGGAAGGUUUUAUUGAAAACUACUGCUGGAGAUAUUGACAUAGAGUUGUGGUCAAAAGAAGCUCCUAAAGCUUGCAGAAAUUUCAUCCAGCUUUGUUUGGAAGCCUAUUAUGACAACACCAUUUUUCAUAGAGUUGUUCCUGGUUUUAUAGUCCAAGGGGGAGACCCUACUGGCACAGGGACUGGUGGGGAAUCUAUAUAUGGAGCCCCAUUCAAGGAUGAAUUUCACUCACGGUUGCGUUUCAAUCGGAGAGGACUGGUUGCCAUGGCAAAUGGAGGUCCUCAUGAUAAUGGCAGCCAGUUUUUCUUUACCCUCGGUAGAGCAGAUGAACUUAACAACAAGCAUACUAUCUUUGGAAAGGUUACAGGAGAUACAGUGUAUAAUAUGCUGCGACUGACAGAAGUAGACAUUGAUAAUGAAGAAAGACCACGAAAUCCACACAAAAUCAAAAGCAGUGAGGUCCUGUUUAACCCCUUUGAUGACAUCGUUCCAAGGGAAAUUAAAAAGCCCAAAAAAGACAAACCAGAAGAAGAAAUAAAGAAAUUGAAACCCAAAGGCACAAAAAAUUUUAGUUUACUAUCAUUUGGAGAAGAAGCUGAGGAAGAAGAAGAGGAAGUAAAUCGAGUCAGUCAGAGCAUGAAAGGAAAAAGCAAAAGCAGCCAUGAUCUGCUAAAGGAUGACCCACACCUGAGCUCUGUUCCAGCUGUUGAAAGUGAAAAAGGUGAUGCAACAGGAGAUUUAGAUGAUGAAGCAGAGGAUGAAAACACAGAACCUGAUGAAUAUACUGAUGGUGAUGAGCAGAACCUAGUAAGAGAAAGAAUUGCAAAAAAGUUAAAAAAGGACGCCGGUGCAAAUGUAAAUUCCACUGGAGAGGGAGAAGCAGAGAAAUCAGUCAGCCGCAGUGAGGAGCUCAGAAAAGAAGCAAGACAAUUAAAGCGGGAACUCUUAGCAGCAAAGCAAAAAAAAUUAGAAAAUGCAGCAAAUGCAGAGAAGAAAAAUGAGGAAGAAGCUACUCUAGAUGAUGCUGUUGCUGAAUACAGAAGAGAAAAACAAAAGUAUGAAUCAUUGAGAAAGCAACAGGCGAAGAAAGGAACCUCACGAGAAGACCAGACUCUUGCGCUGCUGAAUCAGUUUAAGUCUAAACUCACUCAAGCCAUUGCUGAAACUCCUGAAAAUGACAUUGCUGAAGCAGAAGUCGAAGAUGAUGAAGGGUGGAUGUCACAUGUACUUCAGUUUGAAGAUAAAAGCAGGAAAGUGAAAGAUGCAAGCAUGCAAGACUCAGACACAUUUGAAAUCUAUGAUCCUCGGAAUCCAGUGAAUAAAAGACGAAGAGAAGAAAGCAAAAAGCUAAUGAGAGAGAAAAAAGAAAGGAGAUUAAAAAAAAUGGUAAUUAUGCUAACCAGAACAUCCUGGAAACGUGUCUGCGUCAAAUGGCCUGGUGGCGGCCACUGUUCCAACAAUGUCACUUAGUGUGUGAGAAGUAUUUUUGAACCUGUUGUCUUGUUUUGUAAACUGUGGAAUGAUACCAGCAAAUGCUUUUUGUUACUGAUAUAUGCUUUUGUCCUAACUGACCUUUUAUAUUGCUAAUUUGAAAUAAAAUCCGUUUCCUUCUAGUUUACACGUUAACUAUUUGCAGGCUAUAUAAGCAUGUUUGUACCCUUUUUCUUCAAAGUAUCUGAAGGCUUUAUUUUCAAGAUUUUUUUAUAAGAGGUUCUCACAGAAAGAUGAUUUAAGGGAAACUUCCCUGGCACUAACUUCGGAGCAUAAUUUUAAAAUGUAAAAUAAAAAUAUAAUAAAAUAAUAUAAACAUUGAUGGGUUUACUUUCCAUAUAAAUAUCUACAAAUAGUCAAACCAGUAAGACUCAGUAGCCUCGUGCUUUUAACUGAGGAACCCUCCAGUGAACAUCCACAGAUGUGGUCCGGGCAGCCUAGUGCUCUGCCUACCAUCAGCUGAGCACACCACACACUGCAGCCUGGUCCCAGGCCUCCCUACUCACUCCUCUGGCCUUCUCAGCACAGUGAAAGCAGGCAUGCAACCAAACUCACCAAGCAUCUCUCCUGUGAUGAUAAUCAUAUGUAAUGGGGAGUUACACUAU